AUGUCAAGCGGCGCGUAUGUAGAGGAAAAGAAAAGAAGAAGAUCAAAACCAAGUAGAAGGAAUGAAGAAGUUUACAAGCACGACGCAAGCCUCCUGGCUGCAAGAGUCGACGAGUGGUCCUUCGUGAUGUUGGACCAAAGUAAUCACGAAGGCCCCAGGUUCCACCGAGCACCACGCACACGUCCCGAGUAA